UGGUUCCCGUUUGCUGUUUUGUUUGACUAAGACUUCGUGAUUUCGAUUUUCUUCCACCACCUUCUCCCCUUCUCUCAGCUCUGCUCAUUGCUGAGGUGCACCGUCGGUGAAGAUAAUCUCACCGACAGGGUCAAUCCACAUACCAUGUGGGAGCCAUUACCGUUGAUUGCUUAUGGCUAUGCGGUACACCCUCUAAUUCCCUCAACUCGUCGCGAUACCCGGUAUUCGACCCGGUCACAUCAUACAAUUGGUUCAGCAGACGCCGGAGACGAACAAAUUCACAGAGAUGUCGUCUCUCUGGAAGUCGGAGACGAAAUAUAUGCGUUCGAAAAGUAUACGCCAAAGGGAAAGGAGACCGAAGGCAUCUGGUACCGCGGUUACGUCGUUUGCACUGCUCGAAGGCCGCCAGUCACAUGGGCACUAUCAGGCGAAGCUUCAUCAUCCAAGUCUAUACCAAAGAUCGAGGAACCUCAACAAGUGUUCAUCGGAAUAUUUCCUGCUUCUCAUGUGUACGUUCGCGACGAGCUCUCUGACGCAGAAGGAACCCUCCAAAAUCUUGCCAAAUCUCUGGACGGUGGAAGCCAGAUAAAUGGUUUUAGCAAUUCCACUACUGACAGUUAUUCACAAUGGAGUCGUAGUAAUUUCAUGAGCGUCUUGCGCGAGGAAGAUGAGGACCUUGACGCUGCAUCCAUUAUGACUGGCGUUAGACUUCCACGGAUGGACCAAAAGACCUUGUCUCAUGCAGGUGCACCCGUAUAUUCUAGCUCUAGGUCCGCCAGAAGUUUACGUUCGUCUUCACCAACGGAGUCACAGAUGAUGAAACCCCUUCCUCCACGUCCAUCUCUGAAAUCCGGAGAUGAUACCGCAUCUGGGGUCGCACAACCAAUCAUUGACGAAAUUGCAUCUGCAUUACGAGAAUGGCACAUAUUUCUCUUCCAAUACCUUGCCAGACGUGAUUAUCGCCUCUUUCAGAUCGUUCGUGAACAUAUAGAGGCCCUUCAUCUUGGCAGACGACAAUUGCUUGCCCAAACUUUGAGCACCGAAGAAACAAUCAAUAUGCGGCAGGAUUGUGUCGUUAGAUUGGUCAAGGGCAACCUUGUUCAAGGCCUUGAUGUAAUUGUCCGCCAUCCAACCUGGGGUGGCCUCGUUACUGUCGAUAUACAGGGUGAGAUUGACUCCCGGACAUGGGUCAGUGCAGUUCGCAUGUAUUCAAUGCAAGUGGCCUUGGCCUAUCUGAAUGUCGACGAACCACCGCUAGUUUUGCCUAAUCCUGGUCCUCUUCCAACUCCCGCCCACUCCGUCUUCCCUGAACUUGCACAUAAAUCUCGUAUGAGAUCAUUAACUAAACUGGGGCCACCUUCCUCAUUGAAAGCAUCCACUGCAAAAUUCUAUCAUGUAUUUCUCGACUUGCGGGCGUUUGUCGCCUCAUUUUGCUCUCCGGGAGAAACUGCGGAGCUCUUAUUUUCUUUGUACAGACUAGGUUCCCAAGCCCAGUUCACCCAGUUCAUUACCGAAGAUUUCUGUGCCGUCUUAAACCACAAUGGUGUCCUGGCGCGAAACCCCACUGCCCGUAUCCGUACUCUCUUCACAGAUUUGUCACUGUCAGACCUUCAAGAGCCUAUCUAUCUCGUUUGUCGAGUAAUCAGAAAUGGCGCUCUGAAAAUUGGCGCUACCUUCAGCUCGGGAGUGCCACCAGAAAGCGGAAGAAGAGGAUCGGAAACACGGGUUGACCCCAAUACGCCGAGUAAUUGGACUGAUGCUUAUGGACCUGUUUCCCCGAGCAGUCCUCGGUUGUACCCGUCUGGUGAUACUCAAUUUCGCCGACCUUUUGGUUGUGCUGUUCUCGAACUAACACAGUUAGCACAAAUGUCGGCGGAUGACUCAGAUGUGCAUGGUCCCAAGGAAUAUUCUAUGCCUAUCUAUGUCCCUACCAACGAGACUUCAUUUUCGGUGCUUCACCAAAACAUCAUAAAUAACAAUACCAAGGAGUUUGAAAAAGCUGAAAUGCUAGCUGUGUCUAUCAAAGUUUACCGGGGCGAUGCCACUACUAUUAUAAAAGAGAACACCUCUGUUCUUCAAGAUACACCUCACACUCUCCGACUUGGUUUCCCCGAUGUGGUUUUCCCGGGUGACGUCCGCAACGAACUAUAUAUCAAACUCUGGUCAGGUAGCUUUCAAGUUGUCCCUAACCAUUCUAGCCGUAUCAGCGUCAGCAAUCUUAGAGGUGGACCUCCAGCAAUGAACAUGCAGGUAACAGUUGAGGUCCGCGACGAAGAAGGACGGACGAUCGAAGGCGCUAUAUCUAAAGGGAGCGGAGAGCCUUUCUUGACUUACUUCCAUUCCAUGGUGUUCCAACGUUGCCACGAACCAACGUUUGGAGAGCUCAUUAAGAUACAACUACCCUUGGAUGGAAUACCCUCUUGGCAUCUGUUUUUCACUUUCCGUAUACGGUCAUUCAGAGAACGCGGGACUAGUCGUGGAGGGGAGAAGUCGGAUUCUCUGUAUGCAUUUGCAUUCCUCCCUCUCUUCCCGGAAAGACGAUCAUUUGUCGAAGACGGUGCCCAUAGUUUAAUCAUGUACCGCGCUGAUAAACUAGCCCAAGUCACUCCAGACCAGUACCUCUCUUCACCUGCCUGGCUACUUCUUAAUCAGAAGCCAGAGAGUAUAGUUGUUUCCCCAGAGAUGCAACGUAAUGCGCCUCCAUUGCGGGAUACGUUGAUCAUUCGCUCGUCCCUAUGCUCGACCAAGUACACUCAAAACCCCGUGCUUUUGAGUUUACUCAAUUGGGAGAAACUUUCUGAUAAAAAGCUCUUAUCUCAGGUCUUGGCCGCUUUCACAUUCGUUGGUGAAGUCGAAAUAGUCAAAUUUUUGCGAGAUAUUUUCGAUUCUCUGUUCGGCAUCCUCGUCUCACCGGACAACCAAGUUGGGGACAUGGAACACUUGGUGUUUAACGCUAUCGUUAUCGUUCUUGGGAUCGUCCAGGACCGUCGUUUUAGCAACUUCAGACCAGUGGUUGAACUUUACAUUGAAAAACACUUUGGAUGGGCCGCAGCCUCAUCCCAUAUCAUCCAUUCGAUGAAUCGUCUUCUAUCUAAUCCCGCUACCACAGAGAACGCCACUCAGCUGAGGAACGCCUUGAAAGUUUGGCAUUAUAUCAUCAAAUUCAUCGCUCGAUCUCGCGAACUGCAGAAAUCCAAGGAGUUGGGAAUGGGAAGUGAUGCGACUGCAGAGCAUCUAGAAUCAGCUUUUAAGCGCGAACUACGCGCCCAUUUAUCAGAAGUUACCCGUAUGAUGUCGACUACAACUCCACCGUCGAUGAUAGGCACUCAAACCAUUGCUCUUCAAAACUUCACUUCAGUCCUACCUGAACUGGCUCAGAUCUUUUCUACGGUGGAUUUAGUCUCUAUCGUGACUACAUUUGCUACGAACGCUGUUCCAGGGGCCAAGGGGAAAAUUGUUAUCUGGAAGCUUAUCAUGUACCUCCAGAUUGUGAAAGGGUUCUUGUUUGACAAUCCGGAGUCACGGCCACUUUUAGUAGAAGCCGUUGUUCAGUGGAUCAAACCUCAUUUCGGACGAUAUGAUGAGUAUGUGCACACUCAAUCAAAUGACUCCGAAACCGCUCGUGACGCCGCACGGGUUGGCUGGUUGGAAAGCAUUCGACUAUGUGUCACCAUCGUUGCAGUGAUGCUUGACAAACUACAAGCAAGUCUUGUGUCUCCAGAAGUGAUUCAGGAUCGAAGACGUCUCGUGUUAGAAAAAGAUAACGUCGAAUGCCUCUUACCUCUAUUGCCAAGAUUGUUGGAUUCAUACCGCGAAUUCAUGGCUCCAGAAUCAGUAAGGGCUCUCGAACGUACACCCUCUACAAAAAGUAUAGUCCCUGUCGUAUUCCCCGAAUCCUACCCUUUCUCUCUCUUGAUAUACCUUCCUCAACCACCCUCCAACUCGAAACGUAUCACAAGCGAAGCACACUCGUUCAACCCAGGGCUUGCUGAAGCGGCCGUUGUCCUACUCGUUUUGAUUCUAUCAUCCCCACCCAAAGCAAUUUCCGAAUUUUUGGAAUCGAGUCUCGAUAUCGAGGGUCGUGAUAGAUUUGUAGCCUUGCUUUCUCACUUUUUUACAGUUUCAAUCUCGAUUCUGGAAAAUGAAUGCUUUCCCAAAACUUGGCUUAAUAUCAACAUCCUCGCACACCAGGUCUUGGUUAAGAUGAUGAAUCCUAUAUCCACAUUACUCAAUCAUGAAUUCAUACCACCUCAAGAAGCUGAAGCUACAUUCGAUCCUUCAUUGUGGAAAGAAGCUUUCACAAUGCUUUUGAAACUUCUUUCAUCGGAGCAACUCUGUAUUGAGGAGUUCAGCCCACAGAAACGUCGUGCUGUCUGGCGUUUAGCGGGAGACAUCCGAGGGGAGGGUGCUAGUAUCAUGCUGACGCUUUGGCAAUCUCUUGGUUGGGGUGAGCAUUCCUCAACCGCUGGUGAACCUACAAUGCGCUUCGGAGGUUAUCAAGUUUACUUGAACACUUUGGUUGGCAGUGUUGUUUCGUUAUGCUUGAGUCAUCAUGAACAACUCAGAAAUAACGCUGUUCAAAUGCUCUAUAGCAUGAUUGUUUCGGAGUACCACACGUCGGGAAAUUUUGAAGAAAUUGAAAACGAACUUGUUACCCGCUUAGACUUUCUUUUCAUGUCGGAAAGCUCUAAAGACGAUAUAUCGGGUGCAUUCUUUGUUGGUCAACUUCGACACCUCUUCGAAAGUACUGAGGGAGAUGAGCAGUUACGGGACCGAGUCUCAAGUUUUCUUGAUUCAGUUGACCUUUUCCUGGAGCUCCUUCUUAGUGUCCGAGCUCUUCCGGAAGGCGAUGAGUUUGCUGAUGAAAGAGUCAUAGCUACACUUCGUCUCAUGAAUUUCAUACGGCGAAUAGGGAGGGAUGAGAUAUACAUUAAAUACGUCCACCAGCUCGUGAACAUGCACCUCCAAUCCCAAAACUACGUGGAAGCAGCCCUUACACUCAAAUUACACUCAGAUCUCUACCCCUGGGAUUUAAACUCAUUUGUACCUCCAAUGGAAGAACUCGGUCUACCACAGCAGUCCAAGUUCCAUCGGAAAGAAACAUUAUGUCUACUGAUCCUGGACUAUUUGGGCAAAGGGAAGGCUUGGGAGCGUGCAAUCGAUAUAUGUAAGGAGCUUGCUAUCCAGCAUUCUGGGGUCACAUUCAAUUACAGACGACUAUCUGAAAUUUUGCGCCAUCAAGCUGCUCUCCUCGAGCACAUAGUUACAGACCAGAGAUACUAUUGUGACUAUUACCUCCUCACGUUUUAUGGAAACUUCCCGGCAGCCAUCAGAGACAAGCGAUUUAUUUAUCGGGGGUACGAGUGGGAGAAGUAUGGCGCAUUCUGUGAGCGGAUGCUGAACAAGCACCCUGGGGCUCAGCUAUUAAAGGUCGCCGGCGAUCCUCCUGUGGAUAUUCGAUAUGGUAGCGAGCAGUACAUUCAGUGCACAGCAGUAAACCCGGAGCCUGAUCGUACUUCACCUAUAUUCACAAAUCCAGACGUACCACUUGCCGUUCGAACAUAUUACGAGCACAGUGACAUCAAUCUAUUUUCUUAUUCUCGUCCAGUAAAGCGCAUUGCACGCGACGGCACAGAAGAAUUUUGGAUCGAAAAAGUCUACUUUACUACAGAGGAGAGCUUCCCUACUGUACUUCGUCGUUCGCAAGUCAUUGACUUGACCGUAGUGGAUAUCUCUCCCGUUGAGAAUGCUUUAUCGGAGGUCGAGAUGAAGACAAAGGAGCUGUCGGCUCUCAAACUUCGCUAUGAAAACGUAGCAAAGACUACGCAAGAGGUAUCUACAAAUGCGCUCUCAAUGGCUCUCAACUCUGCUGUAGAUACUCCAUUAAACACCGGAAUAUCUGCAUAUAGACAUAUGUUCUUCAAUCCUGCUCGGAACCCCGAUCAAGCCGAACUCGUCGAAAAAUUGAGAGGGGCAAUUGAUGAACAGGUCCAGAUCAUUAACAGCUGCCUGAGACUCCAUGGCUCUCUAUGUCCAUCUGAAUUUAUUCCUUUCCACGAAACACUCGAGAGGUUCUUUCACAAAAAUUUCAGAGAGGAAAUUCGUCGGCUCGGGAUCGACGACGUCGCAGACACCUUGACGAAGUCCCCCUCUCUGAAAUCUAGUACUACUGUCAACGCACAGUCUCCGUAUCAACCAUCCGUCUACAAUGGCUCAAUAGCGCGGAGUUUCUCCUUAUCGUCUGUCAGACGCCUUGCACUUCCUCCACUUCAACUGGGGCGAACACUUUCUCCUCCUCCGUUAUCCUCGGCUUCUCCCGUUCAAUCAGAAGCCCCAAUUGAACCUCUAAAGCAAACACCAUUACAACGGCAUCUAGCUCAUUUAGCCCGACAUGGUAUCAACGGCGUAUCUUCAGGCCCUCCCGAUGCACAGAAUGGCAGCGACUCCUUCUCGGUCGAAUCACCCCAUGAUUCCUUUGUGAAUGUUGCCAAUGGCAUUCACCCUUUGCAUACACAGACCUCUGGUGCAUCAGUGACGAUGUCAAAUUUUGGGGGUAGCCUGGGAUCGCUUGGCUCAUUGAAAGGACGGUUUUCGCGUUUUGGGAGCCUAAACUUUGGUAGGCGUCAUCAACCCUAACUUCUCUUGUAACUUAUAAUUGGGAAUUCACUGACACCGAAUCAUCCUGUUACAUCUGUUUUUCCUAAUGUACCGAAUCUUGAAAUUAUCAUAUGAAUUUGACAGAUCUUUUACCAUUUAUCUGUUUGUUGCGCGUCUUACUGCCUUAUUACUUGUUGUUCCUACCACAAAAGCGAGAAUCCGGAGUGCGGUUACUUAUGGUUAGUCAGGGUUAGUCGUUGUUAGUUGUUCCAAUCCAGACGGAACCAAUUGAUCCGAGUUAAGCUCUUAAAGGUUUAGACUCGUGACAGGCAGUAUAUCAAUAUACAGU